AUGUGUGACAUACUAUUCAAAGGACUAAACAGUGCUUUGUCAUUUCUGAAAGUGAUUCUUUUAUUGCUAUUGACAUGUAAUAUCGGCGCGACCAUUUACAUUAUUGUGACUAUUUCAGGGGACCACCAGAAGGUGUUGCCCUUCAUUGGCAUUGAUAAAGCUUUCAAAAGCAAAAAUGACGAAGUGGCUGACCUGAAAGAAGCCAUCUACAAGGGAGUCUAUGAAGAGAUGACCUUCUUCUUGGUGCUCGAGUUUCUCGGACUCUUCAGUAUUCUCUUUAACAGAUCAACAUCGCAACUCUUGACGAGUUUGUCAUCGCGAGGCAUCCGAUUCUUCAACUCUUCUUCAACAUGUCUCGCCAAGAACGUUGCCAUGAGCAAGUUCGACCCGGAGCCUGUUCCGUACGAAAAGCUGAACAACAAUUUGAAGAUUGUCAAGGACCGACUCCAGCGUCCUUUGACCCUUUCUGAAAAGGUGUUGUACUCGCAUCUGGACAACCCCAAGGAGCAGGACAUUGCUCGAGGUCAAAGCUACCUGAGACUGCGACCUGAUCGUGUUGCCAUGCAAGAUGCCACGGCUCAAAUGGCCAUGCUCCAGUUCAUCUCCAGCGGUCUUCCAAAAGUGGCUGUCCCUUCCACCGUCCACUGCGAUCACUUGAUCGAAGCUCAACUCGGUGGCGACAAAGACUUGAACCGUGCCAAGGACAUCAACAAGGAGGUGUACAACUUCUUGGCAACUGCAUCCGCCAAGUACGGAGUCGGCUUCUGGAAGCCAGGCAGCGGUAUUAUUCACCAGAUCAUCUUGGAAAACUACGCUUUCCCUGGCAUCCUUCUCAUCGGCACAGACAGUCACACUGUCAACGGUGGCGGCCUGGGAGGCCUUUGCAUUGGCGUUGGCGGUGCUGACGCCGUCGAUGUGAUGGCUGACAUCCCCUGGGAGCUAAAGUGCCCCAAUGUGAUCGGCGUCAAUCUCACCGGUCGUCUGAAUGGCUGGACUUCAUCAAAGGACGUCAUUCUCAAGGUGGCCGACAUUCUCACUGUCAAGGGCGGUACUGGUGCCAUCGUCGAGUACUUUGGCCCUGGCGUUGACUCCAUCUCAUGCACUGGAAUGGGCACCAUCUGCAACAUGGGUGCUGAAAUUGGCGCCACAACCUCAAUCUUCCCCUACAACUCUCGAAUGCGUGACUAUCUUGCCGCCACUGAGCGAAAGGCGAUUGCCAGCCUCGCUGACGAGUACAAAGACCUGCUCAGCGCUGAUAAGGGCUGCAAGUACGAUAGUGUGAUUGAAAUCAACCUCGACACACUGGAGCCGCACGUUAACGGCCCCUUCACUCCUGAUCUGGCCCACCCCAUCUCAAAGUUGGGCGAAAAUGCCAAGAAGAACGGCUACCCACUGGAGGUGAAGGUUGGCCUGAUUGGCAGCUGCACCAACAGCAGCUACGAAGACAUGAACCGAUCGGUCAGUCUGGCGAAGCAGGCGCUGAAGCACGGUCUGAAGAGCAAGUCCAUCUUCACCGUCACCCCUGGCUCGGAGCAGAUUCGCGCCACCAUUGAGCGCGACGGACAGGCUGCUGUCCUGCGUGAGUUUGGCGGCAUUGUCCUCGCCAAUGCUUGUGGCCCGUGCAUCGGCCAGUGGGACCGAAAGGACGUGAAGAAGGGCGAGAAGAACACCAUCGUUUCCUCGUACAACCGCAACUUUACCGGCCGAAACGACGCCAACCCUGCCACCCAUGCCUUUGUCACCUCUCCCGAGAUGGUCACCGCGCUGGCCAUUGCCGGUCGACUGGACUUUAACCCUCUCACCGAUGAGUUGGUCGGUGCUGACGGCAAAAAGUUCAAGCUCGAGCCGCCCACCGGCGACGAGCUGCCCAGCAAGGGAUUCGACCCUGGCCAGGACACCUUCCAGGCGCCGCCCAAGGAUGGCUCCAAAGUGUCCGUCGAUGUCGACCCCAAGAGUCAGCGUCUGCAGCUCCUCAGCCCCUUUGACAAGUGGGACGGUAAGGACCUGGAGGACUUAACUGUGCUGAUCAAGGUCAAGGGCAAGUGCACCACUGAUCACAUCAGCGCGGCUGGUCCCUGGCUCAAGUAUCGCGGCCACUUGGACAACAUCUCCAACAAUAUGUUUAUCGGAGCCAUUAACUCUGAAAACAAUGAGGCCAACAAAAUUAAGAACCAGCUGACCGGAGAGUGGGGCGGUGUGCCGGACGUUGCCCGCGACUACAAGGCCAAGGGCGUCAAGUGGGUCGCCGUUGGUGAUGAGAACUACGGCGAGGGAAGUAGCCGAGAGCAUGCCGCUCUUGAGCCCCGUCACCUCGGUGGUCGUGCCAUCAUUGUCAAGAGUUUUGCCCGAAUUCACGAAACAAACUUGAAAAAGCAAGGUCUCCUGCCUUUGACCUUUGCCAACGCCGCCGAUUACGACAAAAUCCAGCCCACCGACAAGAUUUCAAUUACUGGCCUGAAGGACUUGACCCCCGGAAAGCCAAUCAAGGCAGUUAUCAAGCACAAGGAUGGCUCCUCGGACACCAUCACCCUCAACCACACCCUUAAUGACCUCCAAAUUGGCUGGUUCAAGGCCGGUAGCGCUCUCAAUCGCAUGAAGGAGCUGAAAAAAUAA